AAUACCAACCAAACAAGCAACCAAAACCAACGAAACAGUUUCCAAUCGUUUAUCUAGCGGACAAAUAGAGAACUAAUGUGUGCCGGCUCCCGGCUGUAAAUUUGUAAAUGUAAAUAAAAACACAUUUUUGCUAGAAGCAGCGUUCUUGCUUGCAGAAUCAAGGAGAAUAUGGAAGAAACUUCAGCUGCUAAGAAAACACCAAAGGAUAGAAAAAUCCACUGCAAAAAUCUGCACGACUAUUUGAAAACUCUUCCUCCGGACAUUUUAGACCGGCUCUACAAUCACCCAGCGACCUGUUUAGCUGUUUUCAGGGAACUUCCAGACACUGCCAAACACUAUGUUCUUCGCUUGCUGUUUGUGGAGCAAUCGGUUCCUCAGGCAGUGGUAGCUUCAUGGGUGUCUCAGGCUUAUUCAAAGGAGCAUUUGGAGGUUGUCGGGGUGCUCACGGAGUUGCGGGUGUGGCAAGAAACUUCGUUGACUGGAGGCUUGACUGGUUGGAUUCUCAACUCGACGUUUAAGAAAAACAUGAAGAUUGCAUUGCUGGGAGGGGGUAAGCCAUGGAGUUUGUCAGCACAAAUGGAGACAGACACAAAGCCCAGAGACAUCCCGUUCUUGGACGAGUACGCCUUCGACAGAUGGAAGUGUGUUUUGCACUACAUGGUGGGCUCUCAACAGCAGCAGAAGGAAGGCGGCAUCUCUGCCGACGCCGUCAGAAUUUUGCUGCACGCCGGUUUAAUGAAGAGAGAUGAGGAUGAUGGCGGUUCGACCUGCAUCACCAAGGAGGGCUUCCAGUUCUUGCUGCUGGACACUGCUGCCCAAGUGUGGUACUUCCUGCUGCAGUACCUGGACACGGUCGACUCUCGAGGGAUGGACCUUGUGUCAUGCCUAGCGUUUUUAUUCCAACUUAGUUUUUCCACAUUGGGAAAGGAUUACAGUACAGAGGGAAUGAGUGAAAGCCUUUUGGUUUUUCUCCAACACCUCAGAGAAUUUGGUCUUGUUUACCAAAGAAAGAGGAAAGCGGGCAGAUUCUACCCCACAAGACUAGCCCUAGAUAUUGCAUCAGGGAAAGGUAGCAGCACAUCGAGAAAUUCUCAUCCAGGUUUUAUAGUCGUUGAGACAAACUUCCGAGUUUACGCUUACACCCAGGACGACCUUCAGGUGGCCUUGUUAGGAAUUUUCACUGAGCUCCUACUUAGGAUGCCGAAUCUCACUGUUGGAGUUUUGACUCGCGACUCGGUGAGACAAGCGUUGCGGUCGGGAAUCACGGCCAGACAAAUUAUAGAUUUUCUUAGACAACACGCUCACCCUGAAAUGAUGAAAGAUCCACCCACUCUGCCUCUCACCAUUGUUGACCAGAUCCAAUUGUGGGAAAAUGAGCGGGAAAGAUUUACCGACUCGGAAGGUGUUUUGUACAACCAAUUUCUGUCACAGUCUGACUACUCAGUGCUCCGUGAUCAUGCCAAAACUUUGGAAGUUCUGAUUUGGAACAAUGAUCAAAAGAGGACAGUUGUAGUGACCAAAGAGGGCCAUGAAGAAGUGCGGAAAUUCUGGAAGCGGUUUUCCAAGGGGGGAAUGUAAUUUUUUUUUAAAUUAACACAUAUUUUGAAUGAUGCAAAGCAAAUAGAAAUGUAAUAAAAAAAAAAUCAAUGUUAAUAAAUGAAUUUUUUCUCAAAAU